UCUUGUGUGGUGCCUGAAACAUAUAAAAAGCCACCUGGUGAGUGCACACGCACUACAACACCACCCCACAUCUAAAGACAGCCAGAGCCUCUCAGCCUCCACCAUGAAGAUCGCCAUCACAGUCACUGUGGUCCUGCUGUCUGUCUGCUGCAGCUCAGCUUCCUCGGACAUCUGCCCAGGAUUUCUUCAAGUCCUCGAGGCCCUCCUCAUGGGCUCAGAGUCCAACUAUGAGGCAGCACUGAAGCCGUUCAACCCUGCCUCGGACCUGCAAACCGCAGGGACCCAGUUGAAGAAGCUGGUGGAUACCCUCCCCCAGGGCACCAGAAUGAACAUCAUGAAGCUCACGGAGAAAAUCCUAACAAGUCCUCUGUGUACGCAAGAUUUAAAAUUCUGAAGUUCACUGGAUUUCAAAGAUACUCUACUGCUAAAGAUCCCUGCCUUUGCCCUGCGCCACCCUGACCUCCCUCCACCAAUCCCCACUUCCUCUCUGCAAUAAACUACGAGCAUCUCA